AGUUUUUCGAUUUUUUUUUUCCUUUUCUCAUCGAGGGCGAAUAAGAAGAACAAGAGUGUCCCGUUUUUCUUUUGAUUGCGCAGCACGCACCCAGUAGAGUUGGACGACGGAGUUUGGAAGGUGCUGCGGAUUUUCACUGGAAUCGAAGCAAAAUUUUCGCUUUUUGAGCCGUGAGAAGAAAAGCCAAGAGGGUGAAAAAUCGCACGGGGUUUGGGGGAAGUGAGUGAGGCCCCCUAUUGUGUGUUGGGGCGCUGCUGCCUGCGAGUGGUGUUGUCUUGGGAACGUGCAUCUGUGUGCCUGUCUGAGUGUUGUUUUUGACCGAAUGUCUGUCUCGCUGGGCCCCAAAAUGAGCCCCGUCGCGUAAUUAUUAUUGAUGCAGUCGAGUGAGUGAAAAGUUUGUGGGUUUUUCUAGGGGCAGUUCUAGAUUGAAGGCAUCCCGAAGUAACUCGUAAAAGGAAAAAAUCCCUCCGGAGAAAAAAAAACAAAAUGUGGCCAAUCGAAGGUUGCAGUAGCUGAGAAAGAGAUCGUCAUCACCAUCGCGAAAAAUCAGCAUCAGGCGAAGAAUAAGUGGAAGAAAACGCGAAUCUAGUGGCAAGGAAGACCUUCGAACAUCAUCUCUCCGUCGAGUCCGCCAUCGAAGGGCCCAAAUUACACGGCUUUGUGUGGAUUAUUCUGACCGACCGACGGCCGGAACGGAAACCAGAAUCGAUUUCGCCCCUAGACCCUUGGAAAACAGAAAAGUUCUUACCCGUCAUUUCAACGCGGCCGUAGGGAAGAACCAAAAGUGAAAUUGAUGAGCGCCGCAGCCACCGUCAGUCUGUGUUGAAAUUCCGCAUCAGAUAAUGGCAGAAAAAUGUAUCGUCACGAUUAAGGAAGAGCAGCAGCACCAACAGCAGUGUCCCAGCCCUUUGGGAGAGAUUAAGAAUGAUUCCGUGACGACGGCGCUAACCGAUACACCUACGACGAUCAUCACCAGCAGCAUAAUCCCAUCGGGCGCGACCGCGAUCAGUCUGCCAUCGACAACGACGGUAUCCGCCUCUUCGACUCCCACGCAAUCCGGUACGAUCGACUGCGACGAUGACGAUGAGCGGGAGGAGAGCGGGGGCCAGCCGCGCGCGAAGGACUGCUAUGCGUGGUUCUAUCCGACGAACAAUGGCGUCGUUGUGGGACACUCCGCCACCGGAAACCAGAUCCAUCUGGAAACGCCAGCCCUCGAGGAGAAAAGCAACGGUGGCAUGAAUCUAGCGAAGCCAAAGCGACUGAGCGAUGAGUUCUACUCGGCCGACGAUGACUACGACGAGGACGAUGACGACGAGAUGAUUGGCGGCGGGGAAGAUGGAGGUAUUAGCAGUAGCAGCAGCGGCAGCAGCAGUUUAGCCGGAAUCAGUAAAAGUACUGGAGGCGAUGGAGAUUGCGAAGCACACGCUAGCUUAAAUGAGAUUAAAAACCUAAGUAUCACGAAUGGUGUCGGGGAGCUUGGGGAGGAUCGAUUCGAGCAGGACGAUGAAAACUCGAUUUCCGAUCCGAUCUUCAUCGGCGAGGAAACUUCGUCUUGCAGUAGCGGGCACCAGCAAAUCGUAGCGGAAACCGAAGAAGCGGUGUCCGAAAGAACACAGGAGACUGAAGAAGAGGCAAGUCGGCAGCACGCGGAGCAAAACCCGCUGGGAAUGGAACAGGAGGAGGAAAUCCCAGAGGAUGAAGGUGUUGCCGCACUGGAUGAGAACCUCGAUGACGAUGAAGAUGACGAGGUGGAUGAGGAUGAUGUGCAAUCAAUCGAUGCAAUCGAACGUCGGGAUUUUGAGCAGGAACAAAAACUGACUGGCGGAAUUAUAAUUAAAAAUAGCGCUUUGAUACCCGAUAACCAUAGACUGAAUAUAGAGUUAAUAAGUAGAUUUAGUAAUAGGAACCGCAACGAUGCAUUGGCGAAAAAAUCUCAGUCUGAGAGCGGCAAAGUUCAGCUUAUAACAACGCCAACUAGCAGUAGACACGCGUACAAGAAUUGUUGUAAUAAUCCAUCUAGUUCUAAUAGCACUAGUAAUAGGGAACAAAACAGUAAUAGUACAACAAAGUCAACGGUAAAAAUUAACCUGUCAGCUAGUCUAGAUAGCUACUGUGCAGCUACUGAAUCAGAGAAUGGGCCCGAUAUGGCCGAUGGGCCUUCCUGUUCUUCCUCGAUGGCUUCGUCCUCAUCUUCUUUGGCCUCCAGUAGCGGUAAGGCGGCAACGCAGAAUCGCCAACAGCAACAACUCGAUGCGAUCUUCAACAGCAACUCCAACGAUAGCCUUUCGUCCGAUCGUUCCAUCUUCAUCCCUAAUCUGCAAGCUUUGAAAGCAUCGGCCAAGGAUUGCCCAACAGCACCCAGCAGUAGUGGCGUCAAUGAACCUGGUACUUCAUCUUCCUCUUCAUCACCUUCACCUUCAUCGGGGAGCUGUUCCGCUGGUCCUUCGACGUCCGGAGCAACCAAAGCACCGUCCGACUGCAGCUUAUCGUCUUGCGCAACGUCGGUCAUCAAACAAACUGGAGAAUGCAGCAAAAACAUCAACCACCAUCCACUUCCCUCGACCAGCACUAGCAGUUCCUCGCUAUUUUCCUUCAGCUGUCCCUUUGGCAGUGCCGAUCGCGAAACAGGCGAAGGUUGCAGCAGUGGAAAUGUAUCCCUCAGAAGGUUUUCCUCUAAUGGGUCGAAUUUUGUAGACAACAUCGCUGAUGAUGUUGAACCUUCUAGCUCGUCUCACCGCAUCCGUCAGCCACAACUCCAUCACGAACAUAAUCACAUGGAAGAUCCCCUACUGGAACCUUCUCAACUGUCCAUGCCACCGGAACUGGCCGCAUCGGCCUCGGUCGUCGAUCACGAAUGCGACGAAGACAAUUGGGCUGACUGUGAAGAGGGCUCCGACGAGGAGGUUUGCACCUGUCGAGAUUACACCGACGAUGAGGGAAAUGGAACUAACGGCGGAGCGGGUGGCCACGCUAGCAGCGAAGAUGAACUGCCUUCUCGGGACGUUGACCUGUCCAGCUUCACUCACAUGGAUGCCGCGGAAGACAUUUUAGCUCACGAUCCGAGUACCGGUGGGAGCGCUGGAAGCGCGAACAACACCAGCGGUAGCAACGCACAAACGCCAAGACUGCAUCGGAAGCGCAAAUUGACCGAAAAUCGAAUCCUGUUCGGAAGUGGCGGAAGCCGCAGUUCGACGGGAGGAGUGUCGGAGAGCACCGGUGGGCUGGGAAGCCAUUGCGAUAGUCCCAGUACGGAAUCGCUCAACUACAACAGUCGCAAACGAUUAGCUUUAGAUAGUGCCAGCUCGCCACGGACGUUGCGUAGUCCGUCUAAUCUUACUUCAACGCCUACGACAUCCUCAGCGCUGGGCGAACGGAAAACUCCCCGAAGUGUAAUCCCUACCAAAGAUAAUCCUCCUCCCGAACUGAACGAGUGGCUGAUGCAAUUCCAGCGAUGGACACCGGUCGAGCGUCUGGUAGCUGUGGACAUGCUAAUCGAACACUGCGAACCAACCCAGGUUCGACACAUGAUGAAAGUCAUCGAACCGCAGUUCCAGCGAGAUUUUAUCUCGCUGCUGCCCAAAGAACUGGCUUUGCAGGUCCUGUCCUAUCUGGAACCUAAGGAUCUCCUCCGGGCGGCUCAAACUUGUCGCAGCUGGCGUUUCCUAGCGGACGAUAACCUCCUGUGGAAGGAAAAGUGCAAGGAAGCCAACAUCGUGAUGGACGUGACCGGUGGGGACCGACCGAAACGGGGUCGUGCCGGCAAUAUGCCGCCGAUUUCGUCACCCUGGAAGGCGGCCUACAUGCGACAGCACAUCAUCGAGAUGAACUGGCGCUCGCGACCGAUCCGUACCGCCAAGGUCCUGAAGGGCCACGACGACCACGUCAUCACGUGCCUUCAGUUCUGCGGUAACCGCAUCGUGUCCGGCUCGGACGAUAAUACACUCAAAGUGUGGUCCGCCAUCACCGGAAAGUGCCUUCGAACACUGGUCGGUCACACGGGUGGCGUUUGGUCGUCGCAAAUGUCCGGGAACAUAAUCAUCUCCGGAAGUACCGACCGCACUUUGAAAGUGUGGAACGCCGAAACUGGUCAACUGUUGCACACAUUGUAUGGACACACUUCAACGGUCCGUUGUAUGCAUUUGCAUGGAAAUAAAGUCGUCAGUGGAUCUCGGGAUGCUACGUUACGUGUGUGGGACGUGGACGAGGGCAGCUGCCUGCAUGUUUUGGUUGGUCAUUUGGCUGCCGUUCGCUGUGUUCAAUACGAUGGUAGGCUGGUUGUGUCCGGAGCGUACGAUUACAUGGUGAAGGUGUGGAACCCGGAGCGGCAGGAGUGUCUGCACACGCUACAGGGUCACACGAAUCGUGUCUACUCACUGCAGUUCGACGGCAUCCACGUGGUGUCCGGUUCAUUGGACACGUCGAUCCGGGUGUGGGAUGCGGAAACGGGCAGCUGCAAGCACGCCCUUAUGGGCCAUCAAAGUUUAACGUCCGGUAUGGAGCUCCGGUCGAACAUUUUGGUUUCGGGCAAUGCCGAUUCCACCGUUAAGGUGUGGGACAUCAUCACUGGCCAGUGCUUGCAAACGUUAUCCGGACCCAACAAGCAUCAGUCGGCCGUGACGUGUUUACAGUUCAACUCUCGCUUCGUGAUAACCAGCUCCGACGAUGGCACCGUCAAGCUGUGGGACGUUAAGACUGGCGAAUUCAUACGCAAUCUGGUCGCCCUGGAAUCCGGCGGCUCCGGUGGUGUGGUGUGGCGUAUUAGAGCUAACGAUACGAAGCUGAUCUGCGCUGUCGGCUCGCGUAACGGAACAGAGGAAACCAAACUGCUGGUUCUCGACUUCGACGUAGAAGGUGCCUGUUUGAAAUGCUCAUAGGUUCUGGAUAAGUAUACUCUUUAACAACCUCCCCCUAUACGUUUCCUGCGCUAUCCUUCUCCUCAACUAUAUCUUAAGACUCUGAAGAGUGUCCCCGUUGAUAGGACUAUAGUUUGCUGAAGGUAAAAAAAACUAGUUAUAAUUGAAAGCCCGAUCAAAGGUAUAACAGAAAGGUGUAGCCGGUAGUGAUGGAAGGAAGUGAAAAAAAAACUAAAGUGGCCCUUCCUGAAAGGACACAACAAAAAAGUAAAUUUUAUACCAAUAGUAAAGAAAAAAGUGCUUGAUUAAUAAGGUAAUCAGCCAAUUGGUCAAUCGAAACCGGAGAAACCUGCCGAACGCGUUUUGUGUCCUGCCGUACUGUUGAAGUCCUCAUCGUGAGCGUUUGUGUUCGCUUUGAAUGUUUGUUAAACUUUGUUUCCUUGUUGAGUUUAACGGAGAUCAAUAUUGUUCACUAUUCUAGCACAUAUGAUUUUCCGGCAGCGCCGCGGCUUCUUAUAUCUUUAUGUUUUCUUUUGAAACGAAUCGGAAUAGUUGAUUUUCUUACAUUUUAUAUUGUUCUUUAAAAAAACCUAUCUGUCUAUGUGUUAUGAGUCUAAAUGAUUCUUAUUUGCUCUCACGGUGAGCAUCUUUAAACAGGACAACCGUUGCGGUUUCAUUUUCUCCGAUGUUUUCUAAAUUGCAUUCGAUGCGACCAAAUGGCCAGGACAAACAUGCUUUAACCUAUUAACAAUACACAGCUUUCGCUUUAGUUUUUAGUAAUUCAAUCCUCAAUUUUUUGAAGGUGUCGUCGUUGAGCAUAUUGAUUGAACAGGCGCAAUCUUAUCAUAAUUCACGAGGCUUUAUUUGAAGUUAUUAUAUUGCAAAAAUACUUUCAAAGUUUUGAACGUCCAACGGUAUUUUGCUGCCCUACAACUUUGCGUGAAUUUUUGAAAAAUUCAUUACGCAGAGCAGCAGUACCGUAAAAAACAAACAGGCGCUUAAGAUUUUGAUAGUUGUUUUUCCUGGUGAUAACGAUAAAUGAAGCUCGUGCAUAAACAAUGAACUAGAAAUAACUACAACAAUAUUUGAACUGACCGAUAAAAUAUAACGAAACUGGCAGAAUUAAACCAACUCUUAAAGAACUAAACACCUUCACGCAAAAAUACAAGUAUAUGCUAGCGAAAUCACUACACCCACAGAAUAACAAAAAUAGCUGAAGGACAGAAAACAAGAAAUUCGCGAAAAAAUCACACAACCUACAAAACACACGAAAAUCACAAUUAGGAAAAGAAAAGAAAACCCCGUGUACAAUUUAGUUAGUUGUCUGUUUAGAAAUUCGAUGUCUCAAAUGUAUAGAUUCCAAAUGAAUGAUCUUUUGUUUUUUAUUAUUUAAGUUUUUGCAUCAGUUUAAAGAAAUUUAUCCCUCAUUAGCAAAAUUAUUACCUCUAGGAUUUAUUGUCUGAAAACAAUUACUAUUUUGUUUGGACACAUUUUCUUCUUUUCUCAGUUGAAUUCGUUUCCUGUUGCAAAAUUCGAGAUAGUCCCCCAAAACAAUCCUUCAGUUCCCUGUUGAAAUGCAAAAAAAAACGAAACCAUACGCAAAAACAAAAAAAAAACAAAGAACAAAUUAACCUCUAAAAUUGUAAAGGAAAUUAUACGAAAUAACGUGGUAGUGAACAACUGCAGCG